AUGGUUGCGGGUACUUUGUCAGAUGCUGAGCUUGCAAGACAGAAGCAGAUCGAUGAUUGGCUUCCCAUCACUUCUUCAAGGAAUGCCAAAUGGUGGUACUCGGCUUUCCACAAUGUCACUGCCAUGGUUGGGGCUGGUGUCCUCAGUCUUCCUUUUGCCCUUGCAGAGCUUGGCUGGGGUCCUGGAAUUGCUAUCCUUAUUAUGUCAUGGGUGAUCACCUUAUACACACUGUGGCAAAUGGUUGAGAUGCAUGAAAUGGUGCCUGGCAAGCGGUUCGAUAGGUAUCACGAGCUAGGUCAACAUGCCUUUGGGCCAAAGCUAGGGCUCUGGAUUGUGGUGCCCCAACAAGUAAUUGUUGAGGUUGGUGUUUGCAUAGUCUAUAUGGUAACAGGAGGAAAAUCACUGAAGAAAGUUCAUGAUUUGCUUUGUCCUAGCUGCAAAGAUAUCAAGACCUCAUAUUGGAUUAUGAUUUUCGCUUCUUGUCACUUUGUGCUCUCCCAUCUCCCAAACUUCAACUCCAUGUCUGGUAUCUCACUCGCUGCAGCAAUCAUGUCCUUGAGUUACUCAACUAUUGCAUGGACAGCUGCAGCACACAAGGGGGUCGUACCAGAUGUGGACUACAGCUACAAAGCCACAACUACUUCCGGAACUAUGUUCAACUUCUUUGGUGGGUUGGGAGAGGUAGCAUUUGCCUACGCUGGUCACAAUGUGGUUCUGGAGAUCCAAGCAACCAUUCCUUCGACGCCGGAGAAGCCUUCCAAGGGUCCAAUGUGGAAAGGAGUGGUUGUGGCAUACAUAGUCGUGGCUCUUUGUUACUUCCCUGUUGCCAUUGUUGGGUUUUAUGUCUACGGAAACAGCGUUGAAGACAACAUCCUCAUCUCACUUGAGAAACCUGCCUGGCUAAUUGCAGCUGCUAACUUGUUCGUCGUGGUUCAUGUCAUUGGAAGCUAUCAGGUAUUUGCAAUGGGGGUGUUUGACAUGAUUGAAACCUUUUUGGUCAUCAAAAUGAAAUUCAGACCUAGCUUCGUUCUCCGAUUUGUUACUCGAACUACAUAUGUUGCAAUUACUAUGUUCAUUGGCAUAGCAAUCCCUUUCUUCGGUGGCCUUCUCGGAUUUUUUGGGGGAUUUGCUUUCGCCCCAACAACAUACUUUCUUCCCUGCAUCAUGUGGCUUGCCAUCUACAAACCAAAACCAUUUAGUCUAUCUUGGUGUGUUAACUGGGUCUGUAUCGUUCUUGGAGUUCUUUUGAUGAUUCUUGCUCCUAUCGGUGCACUAAGGAACAUCAUACUGCAAGCGAAAAACUACGAGUUCUUCUCAUAAACUACAGCCUGCAACA